ACUAUUUUGUGCAUCGAUUAAAGCCAUUCCCUAGAGCAAGUUUAGUGCAUCGCUUUAAGCUGCGGUUCAAAUAUUUGUUUUCAAAUAGUUGUUACUUGAUAGUGUGUGGGUCGGAGAGAGGUGGCUGCGGCAGAGUAGUGCUGUCAUUCUAGCACACACGCUGCUCAGUGCUCACUUCACCUCGGUUGUGCAACACACUCAUUGAUUUGUGGUCAAUCUAUAGCUAGUUCACCGUGCUGCAAUUAUUCGCAAUUAGUCAGAAUGAGGCUCACUUCGAUCUCCGCUGCUGUGUGCUCCAUCAUAUUUGCUCAAGCAAUUUUUUCGCAAGUUUUAGCUCAAACGCAGUCAACUGAAUCAGCAUCUAUCGUUCCUUCCGAGUUGAUUAACUCUACAGAAGCGCCAACUAGUCAAAAUAAGACGCAAAUUAUUGCUAUACCGUCGCCAGUCCCUUAUGACACAGUGACCAAUGUCACCGAGACAAGCCAGGCACAGCAAACAAAUUCCACUCCAGCAAUUGGAAUUGUUAUUGAUGGAUUUGUCACCAGCACCGAUAAGGUGGAGUUGGUCACCCAAAACGACAUGAUAACCAUGACCGACCCCACAAUCGCUACAACCACAAUUUACAACGUAACUGACGACAAAAAAAGGAAUACCUCAGUCUUCAUAGACUCAAGCGAGCAGAAGGAGGACGACUUGACCCUGAGCUUCCUCUCUUCCUCAUCUCACUUUAAAGCAGCCGAAGCCUACUUGCCGUCGGCCCUUUCUGCGUUAGUACUAACUACCACUUUUAUCAUUUUGGCAGUGACAACCUACACAGGCCUCCUCAUUUGGCGGAAAGUCGUUGAGAGGAGAUACGGAAACAGGGAGCUGCUGGUGAAUGAGGAAUUUUACGACGUCAAUGGACUGAAAUACUUUGAGCUGUGACCGAUAUAACAUUUUGCCAUCAAUCAACGCACCAAAUGUUAUUAAGUAAAUUAUGUAAACGAAUAAUGUGUGAUUCAAUCAAUAAAAUUCGGAACAAAAAUCCAGUUAAUCCAA